AUGGACAAAACCAUAGAUCUCGGCCAUGCCAUUUCGGCAUCCAUCCAGUUAUGGAAUCGCAAUAGGCUGAAUUUAUCUUAUGUGCCCUCAUUCACCACGGGCGACAAGCUAGAAGGGGUGAUCUCUCUCGUCCCGCAGAGCGAUAUUCGUUUCGAUGACAUUCAAAUCUCCUUCAUAGGGGACCAAAGCACACACGUGCGCUAUGCCCACCCCACUAAAGCUUGUCAUCAAUUCCAAAAUAUUACCCACAAAGUGCUUGAUUCUGCCCUUCCAGACCCACGGGUCCUCAAAAAGGGUCAAAAAGUCGGCUUUUCCUUUUGCUUCGACGUCUCUGAUUAUCUUCCGCCGUCCUCGUGUCAACACAGUGCCACCAGUCAGCUGGUCAAAGCAGCCCAUCUACAACUUCCCCCGAGUUUUGGUGAUGCCACCGUUUCCGGCCUGGGCGGCAAAUUGAAGAACGAUUUCGCCCCGAUAGCAUGCAAAAUCAUCUACUCCGUCCAGAUCAGGAUCAACCGGAUGAGUUUGGUUUGCGACAAGCAAGAGACCAUCUUCGUUCGGAAAUUCAAGGUGCGAGUCAAACCGGCACUCGAAGAGCAGCCUCCCCUGAACCUGGACAAAUUCGGCGACGAGUUCUGUCUCCAACAAGAGAAGCCUGUUAAUGAGGGUCGCUCGAAAAGCCCUCAAGGCAUGCUAGCCGUGACACUCGAGCAGCCUAAGGCUUUUUUGCUCCCGCUGCGAGACCCCUAUGGCACCGUCAGUCGGGCUAUUCGGUUAUUCCUGCGGUACACACCUACAGACAGUAGCAAUGUCACUCUUCCGAACCUCAAGUCCUUGCGAGGGCAAAUGACAGGCACAACCCUGUUCACCACUACCUUCCACGAUGAUAUUCCAACAAAGAAGAAAGAUCUUCUCGGACGACCGUUGAACUUCGAAGACACAGUCUUCCCGUCAUUCACACUCAAUAUCCCAACACCGCAAUGGUCCCAGGACAACACGGGCUGCUACACUGCGACGCUACUGGUCCCUCUGUGGCUGCCCCCGGAGAAUUUCAUCAUCACUUUUCACUCGUGCUUGAUGUCUCGGAUGUACACGAUCCAUUUCCGUCUCGCGGUUAGCAAUACUGCUACUUUCUCUUUGAGAGCUCCUGUGGAUAUUGUCGCCGAGCGUGACUCGUUGGUGCUCCCGUCUUACAACGCAUCCGUGGGAGCUGUGGGUGAUGUCUGGGCCUGAGUUAACGCACCAUGAUAUCUCACCCCAUUGUCGAUGUGUGCAACCUAGAUCAACUCUGCGAUCCAGCAUCACAUACCCGGCCUGCUGUUGGAUAUCGGAGUUUCUCGGUCAAAAAUGAUCAGCCCUCCAUGCUUGGCUCAAUCAGGGUUCUCGGCGGCACCGGGAGCGACCGAACAUCUCCUCAUCGGUCCAGAGCAACAGGUACACUAACAUUCAACAUUUGGUCUUGGAUGGCUCAUUCACUCUGCAGGAACUUCACCACGGGAGAGGUGUCAUUCUCAACAUGUUGUCACUCCAUAUGGUUUCCGCCGAUGCUCAGUUCAUAUUUCAUAUGGUACGUCUCCCUAACUACUAAUCAACCCACGAUGGUCAAUCCAUGACUUCAUUUCUCUGCAUUCAACGGCAUCAGCGAGCAUUUUUUUUUUUUUU